AUGAAAGAAGUGCAAAGCAGUGAAGCUCGGCGGAGACCAGGUAACGAUUACUUAGUCACGGCCAUCACCGACCAUCUGGACCCAGUCCAAGUGCACCUAGCAGUGCUGCUCCCUGCAGCCCUACUGGUCAUCCGCUCGGCCCACGUUACACCAGCAGGAGGGAAAACAGACCACAGGGCACGAGGGGGCCAGCAGCUGGUCGCGGCCAACUGGACCCCGUUGCGACCACGCGGGCGCUCGAAGCCCCUGCGUGCACAGCGUUACCACGUACACCGUCCUGCCUGCUUGUCGGGUCUGUCUAGGGCUGUACACAUAAGCGGCCACAGCCGCUGGGGUGAAGGCAAUCGCGAGGUGCUUCGCUCCGCUGCGGCGGCCCACGGGGGCUGCGCGGGCCUGCUGCUGCUCUGCGAGGCCCUUUCGCUGAGGGGCAAGCCGCCUAUCGCGCCGCGUAGCCCGCUUCUUUACGCACUGCAGUGGCAUGGCGUUGUCUUGCUGGCGUUACUGUCCAGUCAACGGGUCAAGCAUUUGCUGUCAUGGGAAACGUUUUCUCGCGCGCUCGUCGGCAUCGUCGGGGCCGCGCUGGCGCUUCAGAUCAUCGAGCCCGUGGUGGCCAGGCUCUGCUACUUUAGGACUAAGGAUUAUUCAACGACGUUGCAGACUUCAACACCUCUGGUCAAUCCGCUCCCAGUCUCAGCGAACGUAUACACAGCUGCUGACAAGGCAACAUCACAAAUGCCGACGCUGUCUGGUGCUGAUGCUGGAUUGCUGGUGGCAGCGUUUGGAGGAGGCCUGGUGGCUAUGCUUCUAGGGUCUUUGAUGCUGUAUCUUGAAGCUGCGCUGAGGUGGCUACUAAAUGCCGACCCAGACUGGCGGCCCGCCUGGGCAGUCGUCGGGCAGCACCAAGGCACAGCGAGCCGAGGUCCCAGCGAUGAUGGCACUCCCGGUCGCAGGCCGGCAUCGCCCGUUUGCAUGUACGGCCCCCGUACAUCCAGCGAAGAGCACGUAUCGACAGGACUGAGAUCGGGAUCGGCGCACUUGCUGCACCCACCAUCAUCACGGCGGGGCGCCCAGAGGGUGGUUCUGGCUCCCCCGGCGACACAGCCCCUGCGCGGCGGCCUGCAGCUUGGCGAUCUGACGCGGACGGCAUUGGCAGGCGGCCACCCCCCUACUCCUCUCAGAGCCUCGUGGGAUAGCGCCGGUGCUGCUGCUGCGGUGUCACAGGCGUCGGCGUCGUCUUCGUCGUCAUUGGGGGAUAACAGCAGCGUCUAUGGCGGCGUCGGCGCCGGCCGAGCCCAGGGGCGCCAUGCGGCCAGUGUUGAGGCGGCGGAUCUAAGCGGCGCGGCUGGGGCGGCGCAGGGCGGCAGCACCGCAGCGAGCUGCAGGCCUGGGGGCCCCCCAUCCGGAGACCCCGCCAUGACGACUCCGGGCGGGCAGCAGCCAGCGGAGCGGGGCGGCGAGGCAGCCCGACGACCCGUGGGUCGCUCCUCACCUGGCUCCAUCCCUGCUUCCUGCCGCGGAAGUGGCUUCAGCCCGGAGGCCGCCUCAAGUGGGCACUCCGGCAGACCCAUGGGAUUCGGCGGAGGCGCCUCCACCAGCGAGCCCUCCGCCCCCACGCCGUGGACCUCCUUCCUCGGCUGGGCGCCUUCCGGACUUGUGUCCCGCAGCUCGGGGCUGGGGCUGGGGCUGAGCCGCACAGAUCAACCGUGGGAGCGGGUCCACAUGCAGGAGGUGCAGCAGGAGCAGCAGCAGGAGCAGCAUGUAAGACAGCUGCGCGAUUCGCAGCAGGGCCAGGGGCGGCGGCAGGGGCAGCAGCCGACGGCGUUGAGCGCCCCAUCGUCGUACGCCGGACUAUGUACGGCAAUCUCGGAGGUGUCGAGUGGGAGCCGCGCGGUGCAGUCGGCGAGUGGCACCGCGGGAUCCAUGGCGGCGGCGGCGGCGGCGGCGGCGGCCGAGGCGGCCGGCGGCAGCAGCGCCCGCGAGGAGGGGAGCAAUAUGCCAGGGGCGGCUGCGCCGGCGGCAGUCGCGACGGCAGGCAAGGCCUUUACUGCGGCUGCUGCUGCGCCGGCGGUGUCGGCGAGGGACGUUCAGAGCCUCACGGGCGAUCGUAGUGGUAGUGGUAGUGCGGCCGAGCCAGCUGGUGUAGAACAGCCCGAGCAAUUCCUGCAGCCGGAGAGCUCCGUGUCGGAUGGCCGCAGGCAGUCCGCCCAGCUGGCUUGGGCUCGCGAGUCAGACGCACCGCCGCCGCCGCUGCAGCAGCAGCAGCCCCCGUGGGACGUCUCAGCCUGGACUUACAGCCCCGUACGGGCACCGCAGCCGUACCUGAAGCUCUUGCCAGCCCCGGAACAAGCGCCGCCGCCGCCGAUCUGCCUGUGGCUGGGCAAUCUAUACUGUACGGAUCACCCGUACGACAUAUAUCCGUCUCAAUCAAGCAGCAAAGUGCACUGUCACACUGUCACACGGCCACCUCUCAGCAUAUGCCUAACGCCUAAUCUCCCCCCCUGCUUGAUGCCCCAGUUGGCGACCCGCCCCGGUGCGCCGUAUGCGGCGCUGGAAGCCACCCUCCUGGCGGCGGCGCACCGGACUAUUGAGGAUGCGCUCAACAACACUACGGUCGUAGGCGAGGAGGGUGGCGGCGGCAGCAGCGGCAAUGCGCUGCUGCUUGGGGCAGCCGGCGGUGCAGCACGGCCACGGGCUCGCGCCCGCUGGCGGGGCUACACUGCCCAGAUGCAGUGCCUUCCGGGGUGCCUCGAGUUGAUACUCCGUGUGCAGUACGAGAGCGACAAGGAGUUUGGCGAGCGCGAGGUGGCCGCCAGGCUGGAGGCGCUGCACCUUGAGCUGCGGAGGCAGAUGGAUGGAGGCGGCAGGGCGGCAGCUGGAGCAGCGGGCGUCCCAGUGGUGCUGUACAUUGACCCGCCGGUGAUAUCCACAACACGGAGGUCCCCCGUUGGAUCGCCGUACCUGUUUCCAGUGGCCAACCCAACCAGUGGCGACGGAGCUUCCGCUUCCGAUGCCCUGGGCGAGGGCCGGCAGGGCGGCAGCUGGAUUGUGAGCCGGCGGAGUACCGCGGAGCGGAUUGUCCUGGACAGGAGGGGCAGCUUCGGAGGUGGUGGUGGUGGCAGCAGGUAUGGCAGCGCGAGCGAGGCGCUGCUGCUGUCUCCGUUCCCAUCGCCGCUGACCAUGUCGUUACGGCGCCCGCCGAGCGACGUGUCGGCGUCGGUGGGGACCAUGACGGCGGCCUCUGCGUCCUUUCGCGCCCCGCCGCUGUCGGCGGUGCUGCCCGAGCGCACCGCGUCAGCGGCAGCGUCGCUGCGCGGUGCCAGCCCCGUUCGCGCCGCAGCGCCGGCGUCGGCGGACGUGGCUGACGGUGUCGUACGCGGCCGCCGGCGUCGGGUUAACCGCGCAACUACAUGCGAUGCGCGAAUCUUUAAGGGUCGUUGCUGUACGGCCGCCGCCAGUGCUGUCAGUGAUGAGGGCGAAACCUUCAGCAGCUUUGCAGGGGCCGUCAAUGCCGGGGACGCAGGCGGUGGCGAUCAGUAUCAGCACGAGCACCGACAGACAGAUGCGACCACGUUUCUGCAGCAGCAGCAGCUCCAGCACCAGCAGCGGGAGAGGGCUGGAAGGACUCAGCAGGAGAGACAUGAACACCCGGAGCCGGAGCAGCAGCCGCAACUGCUGGACAAGCAGAACCCAGAAACGGCAGCGACCACAAUAUUCCGACGGCAUGCUGACAGCAGCAGCAACCGGAGGGACAUCGUCAGCGGGGUCGGGUCUGAUGGUGGUGUUGUGGCAUCGCCAUUCGUCCAGCCCCCCGCUGCGGCGGCUGACGACCUCGACGACGAUGACUUCGAUUCCGCAUUCGACCACACACGUUCAAGCCGUAGUGUGCUGCCACCUCCGCUGUCGCCAUCGGCUGGUGCUGCCGUACAUGGCGGCGGAGGGGAAGUAGGGGUCACGUGGUCCACGUCGCGUGCUGCUGCUGCUUUUGCUGCUGCUGCUUCUGCAACGCCAACUUCACCAGCACGUGACAUCCCACGACGGCCCCAGGAGCUGCCCCGGUCCCUGUCGCCACCGCCGCCACCAAGGGCCCUGCUGGACGCGCGGCAGCUGGCCUCACCCCGCCCAGUAGGGUCCAUAGGGCCCGGGGGGACACAGCAUCAACGCCAGCUGCGGCCGCCAUGGCACGAGUCACCUAGGGACAGCCUAGCUGCUGGUGCUGGUAUGCAGCCGACUGGUCCUGGCUGCGUGCGCCUCGAUAUCUUCCUGGACGAGGAUGCGCUGAAGGUGCAAGCCGGUGGCGGCGCCGAUAUCUCUGGGGACCCGCCAUCAUCAUUGGCGGCUCGUCAUAAUGCUGCUCCUCUUUCCUUCAACCAUGUCCCUUUCUCCUCCGUGGACGUUCGAGUGGUGGUGAAGCAGCACGGUGUGGUGGUGGCAGAGGUGGAGCGACUGAGCGUGGGGCGGAGCAGGGGGGCCAGUGUCAGCCUGGACCUCUCUGGCUUGGAAGAAGGCAGUGCGGCGCUUCUGGUGCUGCCAAUCAGGCAGGAGCCAGAACGGCAGCAGCAGCAGCAGCAGGGGAUGCGAAGUGGGGAGUCGUCGACCAGGGUGGCGGCGCACGAGGGCGGGCGUGAGGAGGGCAUUGCUGCGCUCCAGAGCCCCUGCGCCGCCCUGGUGUACAUCCCCAUUGUGGUGGCGCCGCCCGCGGUGGCGGAGGAGCUGUGCGGUCUCAUGCGCGGGAUGGCUGAUUCAGCCGCCGCCACCGGCCCUCGCCGCACUACCGACCCACGGGUCGCUCGUGCCCACGCAUUCACGCACCAUUUUUCAGUACUGGUGUCCGACAUGGUAUCCCUGCUGCUGGGCUGCGAGAGGCUGGUAGAGGAGGAAGAGGAUGUAGAGGAAGAGGCGGAGGUUGCCAGGUGCAGCGCGAUGCGCCGCAGUGACGACACAGGGGCGGCCCAAGAUGGCCGAAUCACCGAGCUGCAGCAGCUGGGUGUCGCCCUGGUGUCGUACCUGACCCAGAUAGGCCUUACGGCUACACUGCAUUACCUGCUUGAGGAGGUGCGGGAUGCUGGGGUGGAGGUUCGGAGUGGUGAUGUGGAGGGCGAGGAGGCGGUCCAGAGACUCCUGCAGGGAAAGCAGUUUUGGCAGCUGGAGAGACCUGCUGAGGAGAGGGAUGCUGAGGCGCGCGAGCUUACCAUUACACGCCCCGCCGAUGCAGCGGCGGCCCGUCCGGCAAAGCCAGGGACGAGCAGCAGGUCACAUGAGGAGGAGGAUGGCGGUGAAGCGCCUGCCGAAGCUUCAGAUGCGCAGCGUCCGGUUAUUCGCCGCGCAAAGCUACCGACAUGCAGCGCCACUGAAGCCAGGAUUACUAGCGGCGGCAGUGGCGUUGGAACGCAAGGCCGUGCGCGCAUCGUUGACGCGCCGGUAGUACCGCCGCUUGGUGCAGCUACAUGGCGAUCCGUGCUUCAAGGCUUUGACCCGCAGACCGAGGCGCGUUUCGAGGGCUAUCUGUACGAGCAGAAUGGCCCCAUCCGCGGUUCCGCAGCAGCAGCAGCAGCAGCUACUGCUGUUGCGGCUGCAGUCGCGUUCGGCCUGCGGGUACCCCAGUCCGGGGUUUCUGCGGUGGUGCAGGCGCUGUGGGCUUGGCUGAGCUUAUCGCGGUUUCGGUGGGACGGCGUUAACGGCGGCGUCGGCGCUAUCUUGGGCGGCGUCGGCGCUGGGAUCGGUGCAGACCGUGGCCGUGACAGUGACGGCUCCAGCGGCGGCAGUGGCGGCGUGGGGGGGCUGCGGCGUCCAGCGUGGGGUGUACAUCUUGCGGUGCGGGUGCUGGGCUGGGCUGUGGCGCUGCCCGCACUUCUGUUGGGCCUCGUGACCUGGAUUCGGCAGGCGCACACCCCCAUCCAGCUGUGGAGGCGGGACGUGCUCGUCCGCUUUAUCAACGUCGCUAUCCUGGCGCUGCUCUAUGUGUACGGGCGGUGUACGGCAGACACAUCAGGGGACACGGCUGCGCCGCUAUUAAAGCUGCUGGCCACAUUGCUGGUCCUGGUGCAACCAGUGUCGUACAGCGGCCGCCUCCGGUCGUACCGUAUCUGCUGGGCGCUGGACGCGGUCCUGCUGUGGAUGCUGUUUGGUUCCCCGGACAGCGGGUUCACCGCCAGCAACACCCGCGACAUGUGGUCUAUGCUGCAGGUUGCCAUCACUGUGGGGUUGAUUCUGGCUGCAUCGAUGGCGCUCGCUGCAGCAAUGGAUUUGAGCCAGCGGCGGCGCUUCGUGCGCGCAGUCCAGCCGCCCGGGGGACAGUGCGCCUGGAGAGGCUAA